AUGCCGGCCUUUCUGCGGACCGACCUCGAAGAGGGCAGCGGCGAGUGGCAAAACAUCCAAAGCAUCUUGCGUGCGACGUUUGUGGAGCUCCUCGAGUCGAGCCAGCGCCAAGACGUGCGCAUCAGCCACCUCGAGAAGCAGCUCGAGCAAUGCCGCCGGGAUGUCGACGCAAGAGCCGACAAGGGCGCGACGCAGCGGGCACUACACAGCCUGACUGACGACGUGCAGGCCCUACAGCGCUCCGCGGCCCAUCGACCGACGGCGACCGACGGUGAUCUUCCCGACAAGCUGCGAUGGCUGCAGAGCAAACUGGCAAGCCACGACGACGCUUUGGCCGCGCUCCAGGCCUCGGAGCCAUCAUCCUCGAGUACUCACAAGACCGACCGCCGAAUACGGCUCCUCGAAGACGAGUUGCGACUGAUUGUGCCGAUCAUCGACGGCAAGGCUGACAUUGAAGCGGUGAACACCCACUUGGCCACCAAAGCCAACAAGGACGCGGUCGCACUGGCGCUCAAGAAGCGGUGCAAAACAUCGAGCGUCGAGCGGGAGCUGGGCCGUCUCCAAGCUCAAAUUACCCCGCUUUUACAGCACGCUCCACCGCGACAAGACGCGAGUGACGCGGUGCAACUUUUGAGCCAGCGACAGCAGCAGCUCGAGACCCAGUGGACGCGCACCCAGUACUUUCUUCAGAAAUUCCAAACCGAGAUGAAGGACACGAUCGGACUCGUAGAAGCACGCCAGUCGCUGCCACCGGCGAGCCCGAACGAGGAUGACGACCCUUCUGUCAAAGCCGCGCCUUUGUCCGACGAGACUAUGCUCAAGGCCCAAGUCGACGCACUCGCGUCUGCUCAAGCAAAUAUCGACGCUGCCUGCGAGGGCCAUGGGACAAAACUGCAGGCGUUGACCGCUGUUGUGCACCAGUUUGUCGCCGACAUCCAAGCUCAAGUCGACAAGGUGUGCCACGACCAUUCCAUGUCUGAUCGGCUCGGCGGCGUCGAGGCCAAAGUCUCGGAGCUCGAAGCGUCGCUGGUCGAUGUCAUCCAGGCCAUGCACCAGCUUUGCCACCAGAUCCAGCAACCGCCAGCAUCCAGUGUGUCCUUGGAAGUAGAAACCGCGCAGCUCAUGGAGCUCGAGGCGCUAUUGGCGUGCAGCCUGGAGCAGAGCGACCAGCCGCUCGUCUUUGGCACUGGCGCCGAGCUGGCGCAGAUCCGAGAUCAGUUUUGCAGGACGUUGGCCAAUGGCACGCGGCCGGCCGAGGCAGCCGUUGCGUCUCCGUCGCUCUAA